UUUCCCAAAAAGGUUGAUUCCCUCGCCCGGCUUAGGCGCGGGAUUUCGGAAGGCGCCAAAGCAAAGCGGGGGGAAGAAAGGGAGUUUCGGCGGCCUGAGGAGGAGGUUGAUGCCUGUCGGCAAAGCGAGCGUGUGGCGAGGGAGUCUGCAGGUCAAGCAACUUCUGAGUGGCAGGAGAAGGCGCGUGUCUAGCACUGAUAGAGAGUGGGACUGAUGGUCAAGCGGGUCCCUGCUGGCAGAACUGUUGGACACACGAAGCUGCCUUACACCGAGUCACACUAUUAGCCUGUGCAGAUUUCUUCUGUGCCGUGUCACCUCAAAUUCAGUUUCAGUCUUCAACUUCAGUUUUGUUCACUAGCAUGGGAAUCCACGGUUUAGCCAAGCUGAUUGGAGAUGUGGCUCCUGGCGCCAUUCGAGAAAAUGACAUCAAGAGUUACUUUGGCCGAAAAGUGGCUAUUGAUGCUUCUAUGAGUAUCUACCAGUUCCUGAUUGCCGUGCGUCAGGGAGCUGACAUGCUGCAGAAUGAGGAAGGUGAGACCACUAGCCACCUAAUGGGCAUGUUCUACCGUACCAUCCGCAUGGUGGAAAAUGGCAUCAAGCCUGUGUAUGUUUUUGAUGGCAAACCUCCACAGCUGAAAUCAGGUGAACUGGCCAAGCGCACGGAGCGCCGAGCUGAGGCAGAGAAACAGUUGGAAGAGGCCAAAGAGGCAGGCGAAGAUGAAAAUGUGGAAAAGUUUAGCAAGCGGCUAGUUAAGGUGACUAAGCAACAUAAUGACGAGUGCAAGAAGCUGCUGAUGCUGAUGGGCAUCCCGUAUGUGGAGGCACCUGGUGAGGCUGAAGCUAGCUGUGCUGCUUUGGUAAAAGCUAAUAAAGUCUAUGCUGCUGCUACUGAGGAUAUGGACUGCUUGACCUUUGGUAGCCCUGUACUGAUGAGACAUCUUACUGCUAGUGAGGCAAAGAAACUUCCCAUUCAGGAAUUCCACUUGAACCGUAUCCUUCAAGAGAUGGGCCUGACUCAGCAGGAGUUUGUUGACCUCUGCAUAUUGCUAGGUUGUGACUACUGUGAAAGUAUCCGCGGCAUUGGGCCCAAGCGUGCCGUGGAGCUUAUCAAACAGCACAAGAGCAUAGAAAAAAUAGUGCAGCAAAUAGAUACCAAGAAGUACUCCCUACCAGAGAACUGGCUUCACAGGGAGGCCCAACAGCUCUUCUUGGAGCCUGAAGUUGUAGACCCAGAAGCUGUGGAACUGAAGUGGAGUGAGCCCGACGAGGAGGGGCUUGUCCACUUUUUGUGUGGAGAAAAACAAUUCAAUGAAGAAAGGAUCCGUAAUGGGGUCAAGAGACUGUGCAAGAGCCGCCAGGGUAGCACUCAGGGGAGACUGGAUGACUUCUUUAAGAUUACUGGCUCGAUAACUUCAGCUAAGCGCAAAGAGCCAGAGCCCAAGGGAUCCACCAAGAAAAAAGCAAAGGGCAGUGGUGCAGCAGCAAAGUUCAAAAGAGGAAAAUAACCUCGCUUCUUUCAUUGCAUCAUUUCCUUUUCACUGGAAUUCCACUGGGGAAAAAAGUAUCUGAACUGUAAAUAAAGGAUAAUUUCAUGACCUGCUGAAUCUCUAUGGUACUCAAAAAAUAAACAUAGCUCUAGCCAGACCUUCAGGGGAGGCUACUGCUCCCAAUGAUAAGAUCUGGAUGUUUCCUAUCAGUACCUAAAGAUUCAACUUUUCUGAUGGUUGUGACUGCUGCAGACUGACCCAAGGAAUGAGGCUACCACAUACUCAACUGCUAUGAAUCAACCAUGCUUCCUUCAUCCGUACUAGUGGUAACAUGCCUGGGGAUGGCUGUCGUUUUGGCUACAGCUAAUACAUACUAAUGAGUAGACUCUUCCUUCUAUGUAUCUUUGCCUUGUUCUUUUCAAAAUGAAUUUUGUGAAAUGGAUGUGUAGUAAUAGUAGAAGUAUUAACAAACACAAUUUAAGGUGAGUAAACAAGAUGUCCUCUGAUUAGACAAACCUAAAAGAGCUGCAUUUCCCUUUUCAUUUUAUAGUCAGGUCUGGUUGAUGCAGAGAUCAUAGCUAUCCAUCUAUGGAAGGUACUAAAGUCCCGAACUGUGUUUUCUCCUCCCAGCAGUUCUUCCUGACCCCAGGAAGAUUUAUUCUUGAGGUCACAGGAUUCACACUGACUAAUACCAAACAAAUCAGGAGGCUGCAGCAAAGAGGAGAAGCAGGAUUAAAUUGCCCUCUUCUGUUGGCACAGCUCUGGAAAGAAUUUUCCCUCUUCCUAAUGCAGCCUCUUAACCUGCAUGGGUCAUGCAACUCUAGGAGUAAAUUUUUCCAGUGUCAUAAAAAACAGUUUGGUAGAGAGAAAAAUGGGAAAGAUCCACGAUCCUAGCAUCCACAGAUUGCAGGAUUCAGCCCAUUGGCUUUGUUACUCAACUUGGCUUCUUUUCAGUUAUAGGGAUCAACCUGACUGGGAUCUUCCCAGAUGUGAUCCAAAAAAAAACAGUUGGCAGAAUAUCAGUAUCUUGAUCAUCCGAGUGGCUGGAGAUGUUUAGAAAAUAAUUUUCUUAUUUAAGGGGCAUAGUAUGUGGAUUUUGUUUUGUUUUUAAACUUAAAGAUUCUUUUGUCCAUUUAGUUCACCAAUUUUGUAAAUAUGCAUGACUUUGUACAACUUUGGUCUUUGAAAGAAAUAAAAAACCAAAUUCUAGAUUGUUGUAUUUAAUGAAUUGCUCUGUUUUGCUUUUACUGCUGAAACUUUUCAAAGCAGCAGUGUAGAAACUAACAGAAGCCAUGCUGGGCUAGUUUUUUUCAGCUUUAACUCUUAAAUGUACAUUAAACCUUUCAUAAUUGUCACAGUGUAAUUUGCGGUAGAUGUUCUAAAUAAGGAGAUUUACUGGUGUUCUUUGAGAGUUACAGCUGCAAGAUAUAAUUUUGCUUAAAUAUUCAUUAUUGGGAUUAUGCUUUUCUACCACACAGUAGCUAUCUGGAAAAAUAUUGUGUUGGAAAUAUUUUUGGAAGCAUUAUAUCUUUGUAGAGGACAAGUUGAGGGAAUCGCUUCAUAGCUUUGACUUGAUUUGGUUCUUUACAUGAUAUGCCAAAUUUAUAGGAUAGUGGCUUUAAUCAUAAAGGGCUUUGAAUCAGAAUUACAAAGUUGCAGAACUACAUAUAUAGAAAACAUUCAUCCCUAGCAUUAAAAUUAGAAGAAAUUGCAGAGGUUUGUUCAAAUUAGAACCAAGAAACUUUUAAUGGGAAAUUCUUCUCACUUUAGCAGGGUAUUAUCACGGAAGAAUCUUUUUGUAUCUCAGAGUACUGAUUAAUUAUUAUGAGAUCUUAACCAAUAGUCUGAUAGCCAAAUUAUAAAGAGAUGUUAAAGAGAUGAUAAAUUUCAUUCUAGGACUGCUAUUGCUGUUAGUAAGUAUGGUUAAAUUUGGUGAGGUCUUAUUUUACUGCUGUCUUGGUUUUUACGAAUUAAACUUCAAUUGGGUUAUUUAAAGAUACAUAAAAACUGGUCCUGUCCUUAAGGUCAAAAUGGGGUGGGGGUGGGGGGCUGGUGAAAGGACAACUGUUCAUGUGAACAAAUCCUGCCAUUUUCACUGCAGAAAAUAUUGUCACAGGUAUGCUGUACUAAUUAAUAAACAUGACUGUGAAUGAAAUUACAGCAGAUUUUGGUAACAGAGUCAAAAUACUUUGGUGCAUCAAAGAUGGCUGGGAUUUGCAAACUCAAAAUUUAUCCUUUUAUCCUGGACUGUGGAUGGUUAAUGUCUCCUGUAUAUGUGAGCAAAUUCGAGUUAUAGUUUAGUACAAUUUGUAUAUAUUUAGUAAUAUAUACGAAUAUAUUAAAAUUGAAAUAUACAAAUCAUACCAUGCAGCUCUGCAUUGGUAAAUUCAUUGUGAAUCUAAUAAGCAGGGCUCAUUGUGAAUUCAUUGUGAAUCUAACAAGCAGGGCUCAUCACUGCUACGUGUUACAGAUUGGUGAGGGUUGUUGGGUGGCAUGAGGAGCUGUACUAGAGCCAUAGCUGCCGUACUGCAUACAUUGCUAUUGAAUGACUAGCAAAACCCAUUCCCAGGAAGGGAGAUCAAAAUCUGCUCCCACACCAAGUUCUGCUAUCUGAUACAAUUUUGCAAGGCCUGCUAAUAGAGAUGUUUCACCAGGCCAAUGGUUGAGGACUGUGAUAGCUUUUAGUGCGCUGGUCUCCCUUUUCCCUUUCACCUCCAUCUGUCUUUUUCUCCUCUGUGACUGACCUCCAUUUUUGUAUAUGACAAUCCUAUAGAGUUAUGAAGGGUAUUAGAAGUAUUAUAUGAAAUUUUAAAUUGUUUUAUUGUGUUGGGAGCUGCCCUGAGCCUGAUUUGUUCAAGAAAGGGUGAGGUAAAAAUCAAAUUUAUAAAUAAAUCUAGCUGCUGCAGUUCUGCCAUUUCCCCUAGUUCUUGAUGCCCUCUACUAAGGUUAAUCGCGUACCCUUCCUUUUCCAGUAAUGCUGUCCAGUGGGAGCUGGAUCUGUUGUGAGAUACUACAUAUACAAUUCAGAAAUUUCUGUCUCUAGGCAUACUUUGGUGUUCUCACAAAAAGGACUGCUGGACCAGGACUGGCACUGAACCACUGUGACUGGUGUGCUUAAAUGACUGAAAUUGAUGGACAAGAACCAAAGAGCCUCCAUUUUAAAUGACUUUAGGGGUAAAUUUGUUACAGCUAACAUAAAUGCUAAGGCAAGCAAGUGCAGGAUUAGCUGUGAAAUUAGGGCCUGGGAUGUCAGAUAGUGUGAUAUUGUGGCCUAUGGCUUGGUAUUUCAAGCGUUUCAAGAUUGUUACUAUGGAGAUAUGGCUGAGCAGCCCAACCACCCCAGUGAGAUGAAGACGUAGACAGUAAACUGUGGAAAGUUAAUAUGGGAUAGACAGAACGCUCUAGAAGAUUCUGCACAUGUACAAAUAUUACUGCUUUGUAUAAAAGACUUUUCACUUGCUUUAUUUGAAUAAAGACCCUUUUUGACCCUC